AUGUCCAUUACAAAUAAACAAAAACAAAUUAUUAAAUCGACAGCACCAAUUUUAAAAGAAAAUGGUAAAGAAAUUACUUCCAUUUUUUAUAAACUUAUGUUUCAAGCUCAUCCAGAAUUAUUGAAUUUAUUUAAUCAAACAAAUCAAAAGAUUGGUACACAACCAUUAGCAUUAGCCAAUACAGUAUAUUUUGCGGCUGAAAAUAUUGAUCAUUUGGACGUUCUCAUGCCUCAAAUUCAACUUAUUGCUCAUAAACAUCGUGCUCUUACUGUUUUGCCAGAACAUUAUCCAAUUGUUGGAAAGUAUUUGCUUGAAGCAAUUGCUGAAUUUUUAGGUGAAAAAGCUACAUCAGAAAUUUUAGAUGCAUGGUCAGCUACCUACAAUAUUAUUGCUACUAUUUUCAUUGAUCUAGAAAAGCAACUCUACCAUGAAUUAGGUCCAAAUGAACGUGAUAAAGGAUUCAUCUCACUUACUAUUAUUAAAAAAGAGAAAGUUGCAAGUGGACCAAUUGUUUCUUUGACACUUGAACGACACGACGGUGGAAAAAUGCAUAAUUAUCAUCCAGGACAAUACAUAACACUUCGUAUAAAAAAAGGUAACUAUUUUCAUAAUCGACAUUACAGUCUCAUUCAACCAUUCGAUGGUAAAACAUAUCGUAUUGCUAUUAAACAAGAACAUGAUUGUGAACCAAAAGGUAUUGUUUCAAAUGAGAUUAUUAACAAUUAUAAGGAAGGUAGUACUAUCUUAGCAACUCUUCCAGCUGGUACUUUCAUGUUAGUUGAAAAUGCUAGCCAUCAUUUAUUUAUUGCUGGUGGAAUUGGUAUUACUGUUUUAUCAUCAUUAAUUCAAGAAUUGCAUAAACAAGGCAAAUCAAAUUCUGUAACACUAAUUCAUUGUGUACCAACAGAAAGUCAUGCUGCUUUUUCUAAUCAAUUACGUUCUAUUCUCCCUCGAAAUCAAUAUCAUUUACUUUUUCAAGGUAGACAUCUUUUACAAGGACUUAUUCAUGAAAUUGUCAAGCCGGAUACACACGUGUAUUUAUGUGGUUCAGUACCAUUUAUGAAUAAAGUAGAAGAUUAUUUGGCUCAAUAUGGUCAUCCAUCUUCUCAAAUUCAUACAGAAGCAUUUCGACCAUCACUUAGUUUGAUAAAAAAUGCUGUAAAAGAUCAAUCAACAACUAAAUCAUUAUAA